AAUAUUUUUGACUUUGAAUAAAACCAGUUAAAUGAGAUUUUUUUUAUUUAUAUUUUUCUCAGGUUAAGAUGUACUCAGUGUAGUUCUCAUUUGACAUACUGCUUUUGCAAAACUAUAGCCAAAUAUGGAAGGAUGCAAUUAUGGAGCAUAUAUUUCUGAGGGAGAGACUGCAGAGUAGAGUGUAAUUGAAUUGCAUAAAAUCCGCGUGUAACACCGCCCACUUAACGCGAGGAUCAGCCUCUUCCGUGCCUCACACAGAACCGCCCUGACAGGGGUAGCUAACAGGAGGGAGGGAAUGAAAGAGAGAUAGAGAGAGAACGGGUAAAGAAAGAGAGAGGUAGGAAAAUAGACACUUCAAGACUUCAGAGAUCGCAUCUUGUCAAAGGGAAAACCGUUGUAAUUUCUGCAACAACAACAACAACAAAAAAAAAACACAACAACAAAAAACCUUUAAGCACAGAGACGGACUUUGGAGGACACGUUUGGGACUAUCCUAACGGAACACCCUUGAAAACAUAAAGACAGACUUCAAAUAUAUACAUUGAAUGCGUGACCAUGACGGCAGCUGUCGAUAUUAAGCCGUUAACUAUAAUAAAGUCCGAAAAAGUAGACGAUCUGGAGUGUGCAGAUGUUCCUUUACUAACUCCAGGAAGCAAAGAGAUGAUGUCACAGGCUUUAUUGGCCACGUUCAGUGGCUUCACCAGGGAACAACAGCGACUCUCCAUCCCUAAAGACCCCCGGGAAUGGACAGAUGCCCAUGUGAGAGAAUGGCUAACCUGGACAGUAAAUGAGUUCAGUCUGAAGAAUGUGGACUUCCAUAAGUUCAGCAUGAAUGGAGCAAAUCUCUGUGCACUGGGCAAAGAACGCUUCCUUGAUCUGGCACCAGACUUUGUAGGUGACAUCCUCUGGGAGCAUUUAGAGAUGCUGCAGAAAGAAGACCCAAAGCAUUUCCCUGUCAACGGUCUGACCUCGAGCUUUCAGGAAUCCCGCUACCCCUCAGACUACUUUUUCAACUAUGGCAUAGAGCAUCCCCAGUGUGUCCCUCCUUCAGAAUACUCAGAGCCAAGCUUCAUAACAGAGACUUACCAGACCCUUCACCCAAUUAGCUCAGAAGACCUGCUGUCACUCAAAUAUGAGAGCGAUUAUCCAAAUGUUAUCCUGCGGGACACACCUCUCAAUCCACUGCAGGGAGAUUACUUUUCAGUCAAACAGGAAGUUGUGUCAAAUGACAAUAUGUGUGUGGGGCGCAUUAGCAGAGGAAAGCUGGGAGGUCAGGAUUCAUUUGAGAGCAUUGAAAGUUUCGAGAGCUGUGAUAGGCUGACACAGUCCUGGAGCAGUCAGUCCUCGUUCAACAGUCUACAGAGAGUUCCCUCCUAUGACAGCUUCGACUCAGAGGACUACCCUACUGCAUUGCACGGACACAAACCAAAGGGUACCUUCAAAGACUAUGUACGGGAGCGUUCAGACCUCAUCAAGGACAAACCGGUCAUUCCGGCAGCUGCGCUCGCUGGGUACACAGGCAGUGGGCCCAUUCAACUCUGGCAGUUUCUGUUGGAGCUCUUGACAGACAAAUCCUGCCAGUCCUUUAUCAGCUGGACUGGAGAUGGGUGGGAGUUCAAACUCUCUGACCCUGAUGAGGUGGCACGAAGAUGGGGCAAGAGGAAAAACAAGCCCAAGAUGAACUAUGAGAAGUUGAGUCGUGGUCUACGCUACUACUAUGACAAAAAUAUCAUCCACAAGACGUCUGGCAAGCGUUAUGUCUACCGUUUUGUUUGUGACUUGAAAAGCCUGCUGGGAUACACGCCAGAAGAUAUCCACACCAUGUUAGACGUGAAGCCUGACAUGGAUGAGUAAAAUUUGGACAGGGGAAAGAGGAGAACAGGCUGUAAACCAUCCCUCAAAUACCCUGGAGAAAUGUAGCGCCCAUUUUUCGGGGUCCGGUUACAUUCUGUCUUAACACCCUGUCCUGGUCCAGUCUUGUUUAGACAUCACAAUGAACACAGUGAAAAAAUCAUCAAAACAUUUAGCAAAGUUUAUAAUCUGUAGACUUUGUGCUUCUGUAUUGUUUAGAGUUCUGCGUGGAAGGGAAAACUGUAUGUUCAGGUGGAACUGCUUUUUUGACCCAGUAGCACACAUACCAGACUGCAAACGCAGGGCGGGCCAGGAAGGAACAAGGACUUAUUGUAAGAUGGACAUUUCAUGGACUGAAAACUUCAGUUAUUAAACAUGUUGCCAAAAUUAGAGACAAAAGGAAUAUCACAGAAAUAUUUACUAUUAAGUUACGUAUUGUUUCUGUCUCCUUGCAUUCUCCUCAUGAGGGUUCUCAGCCGGACCAAAAUAUAUUUUUUUUCUUAAAUAUAUAUGUGCCAGUAUUAAAUUGUGUAGAUCACUUGUAUUAAGGUGCUGUUUAAUGUCUAGACAGAGAUUGUGCAGAAGAUGAAGGUUCCUUGAAGUCACACUGUGCUAAUACAUUCCACUCAACUUGUUUUAAGGUCAUAGUUGGUUAUGUGUUGCUCUUACCACAAUGUCCACAGUUGAAAAUGUUGUUUUUGUGCAACAGACCAUAGUAGAUACCAGAGUCUUGCCCUUUUGCAGUUGAGAGAAACGUUUUUCAGUCAAACUGAGAGUGAGUGCGACACACGAAAGUGGCCGUUGACUGAACAACGGUGACUGUCACUGCACACGUCUCAACGGCACAUCUGUGGUGACAAAAAAGUGGCGAAUGUGCGUUUGUGACACUUCUAGUGUCAUUUCAUGAGUUAUAGUAGGACAAAAGACAUCAAACAUUUUUUGGUUUGUACUCUUCAUGAAUACUUAUCCUUUGUAAUUUUAAAGUGUUGCCUUAAUAUAUCACAUGUGAUAUUAACAUGUUUAUGAACUUUCUCUGUAUCUCUGGUGGAUUGAAAAGCGUGGGGGUUGGUAACAACUGAAAUGUCAUGUAGCUGGUGCCUCUUGUCAAUUGAAUAGUUGCUGGCAGUGUUAGACACACCCUUAGUUUAGAGUUAACCCAAAUGAAAGCCAUAAAAUCUACAUGUUUGAGUAUUCGCAGGAAAAAUGGCACGAUGUGAGGUAUUUUAUCAGUUUUUAGCCAUGGUGAAAAGUACAUACUUUAGCAUGCAUCUUAAGGGUCAGACCCAUGACAAAUUAAGUUUAAAGUCAAAAGUAAGUGUGAUGGAUUUUGCAGCGGCAGUGAAAGCAAGAAAAGAUCAAAUGGACAGAGUAUUGUUUUUUCAAGAUGGUUUGAGAAAGUGGCUAUUAACUGUUUAUUGGAUGAUGUUAUGCAUAUUAGAUACAUUUAAGAUUAAAUGUACACCAGAUGAUGUUAAUACUUUUUCGGCAGCUUUACAAACACGAUGGCCUGGAUGUUGAUCUAAACAAGAUUUGAAUGCACAAUCAAAAAAUGGGAGUAAGAGGUUUCAUAAUGGUUCAUUUAGAUGCAGUGUUAUGGACUAUUUUAGUAAUCGCUGGGUGUAACAUUAACAUCUGAGUUUACAUUACAGUGUCCUUCAAAUUGCAUAAAUAGUGAAUUAUAGUUAUGAAAAACAUACUUUACUGCACAUUUGGUGUGAUUAUACAUGAAUAUUAAGAUACAUUAAUGUGCAACAUGGACACUGUAAUGUAUAGUGUAAACCAAUAUUUGCAUUACUUUUAAAAAGUGAAAUAGACAACGUGAAUGGCAGUAAGUUGUAUUUCGUGCUGGCUUUUUUAAUUCAGCAUUGCAUUUCGUCUGUGUCACUGUGUGGGAAGGGUCUCGUACGGAAGACCUUGUGGGAAAAUCCAGAGGAAAGAACGUUUUUCUAAGAAAACAAAUGUUAUUGUUUACAGUGGCAGAAUGCUACCCAUCCAGAUUUGGUGUAGCUUAGAUUUGUCUAUUUUUACAGAUAACAUUUCCUAAAAUUGCAAGAUUCAAAAAUAAGCCAGAGACAGAUUUGUAGUCAUUUCCAAACUCAUGAGAUGUAUGUGAGAAUGUGCAUUGCAGAAGAGCAGAGAAUGCAUGUCUUUUGAAUUCAGUGAAAGUUUGCCAUACUGUAUCUGCCACCCAAUGGGUUAUGUCACUUGAACAAGCAGUUUAUAUUGCUAAAAAGUCUCACUGGAAUAACAACAGAGCUUAUUUACAGUAGUUGAGCAAGGCAGCAUACUUUUGUUAACCCUCACAGUGAUGUUACCUGACAUAUUAUUAAACCAUACAUCGAACGGCAUAGAUAUGUUUAAUGGAAACAUGACAUUCUUACUUUUUUCUUUCUUUUGAAGAGUCGAGAUCAUAAUGCAGUUAUGUCCCAAAUAUAUGAUUGUAAUAAUUGCAAAAGUGAUGCAUUUGUGUGAAAAUGCACACUUUGGCAGACACAUACAUGCAUAAACAUAUUGGUGUGCUUUUUGUAUUAUUUCCCCACAAUUUUGCCUUAUUUUGUAUAUUUUAUAUUUCUGUAUUUUUUGUUAAAUGAGAAUUUUAAUGUAUUUAGUUUGGAAACAUUUGAUAUUUUUCAAUAAUUUAUAUUUUAUAAACUUUGAAAUAUGAGAUGCAGACAGCUGGUGCUUUCAUGGGAAAAUUACGGUAGCGCAGGACAAAAUGUAGCGAAUUGUCUUUUAUAUGAAAAAGAAAAAAAAAAAAAGAAAAAAGUUGAAUAAGGAAUUUAAAGACCUGUCUGCUUAUAAAGUUCUGUAUAGAUAAAGGCUGAUGCUGGCCCAUCAUUAUGUUCCGCAGGAGAUUUUUAUAAACAGUAGCUUCUAUUUCUUAUUGUACUUUAAAUUGUUAUGCUAUAAAAGUAUAUGUGGAUAACA